AUGGAUGAUUUAAAUAUUUUUAAAAAUAAUUACUUUAAAGCCGAAAUUAAUGUUGGAGGAACAAUUAUUGAAGACACUCAAAGUGUUAAAUGUCUAUUCCAUGGAAUAACUAAUGAACUAAUUAACCUAAUUGACAAUUCCAAAAAAGGAGACUUUAUUUUAUUUUGUGUUGCUUGGUUUACAAAUUUAGACAUUUUAAAAAAAUUAAAAUUGGCAAAGAAUAAAGGAGUGAGAAUAUUAAUUGUGAUAUUGAAAGAGCCAUGGUUAAUUAAAAAUACAAAACUAAUGACAAAAUACUCCAAUUUGAAUAAUAUGGAUGAUCUAGAAAAGAAAGAUUACCUUAAAAUAUUUAAGGAGUAUGGAAAUGAAUUUUGCCUAAAAAAAAUAGUUGACUGGAACUCUUUAAAUUUUGAAGAAGAUACGGUUCGAGUAUGCGGAAAAAUUCAAACAAAUCCUUCAGAAUAUAUUUCUCGUAUGCAUAACAAAUUUAUUGUUUUUGGUUCAUUUGAAAAUGGUAAAAUUGAGCCAAAAACUGUUUGGACUGGAUCUUUUAAUAUAUCUAUAGCUGCUGGGAAAUCAUUUGAAAAUGUUAUAAUAUUAAAUAGUACAGAGGCUGCAUCGCAAUAUCUAAAGCAGUUUUGCCUUAUUUUUUUUUUAUCCGAGCCUUUAGAGACUAAAAAUUUAAUAAUGUCCCCCAAUGUUACAUAUGACACUUUCAAAGCUAAGGAGAAUGUUCUUGUAAGAACCUCCUCACUUCUUGAAGAUGAAGUUGAAGAAGAUAAAAAAGUAUUCUGGUUUAUGUCAGAAAUAAUUAAAACUGAUACCAGUACUGGUUCCGCAACUGUUAAAUUUCCAAUUGGUUUUAAAGAAAAAAUCCCAUUCUGUAACAUUCAAAGUUCAAAAUUAAAAUUAGUUAAAUUAUUUAAAGAUUUUCAAAAGGGUCUUCUUUAUAUUAUUAAAAAUAAGGAUAAAAACAGUUAUAAAAGUGGAAAGCUAAUAGAAAAAACCAAGAAAGAUAAUGAAAUAAUCUUAAAUUUUGAAUUGGUUCAUGAAAAAAAUAAAAUAAUUGAAAAGAAAUUUAAUGGAAUAAUCUAUUCUUUGUACUAUUCAUGUAUGGUUUGUAUACCCAUUCAAGGUCAGCUUCAUCUUGAUCAAGAGUACCCAAUUGAAUUUUAUAAAGUUUUAAUUCAAAUCUUGGACCAAUUUCCUUUAAAAUUACAUUUUUAUAACCAUCCUUUUCAUAAAUAUGAUGUCUAA